AUUCGCGCGGAAUCUGAGAUCGUGGGUAGUUGGCAGCUUUACACCCCGGGUCGCUGCUCCAGUUUCGCUUUUUGCCGUCUGCGCGGGCCAAAGGGCUGCCCCCAGGACAAUGAGAUGACGCGCCAUGGGUUCCUGGCCGCAGUUGUCGCCGGCUGGGCAGCCGCGGAACAGCUCAGCCUCGAGAUCCACGUCGCGGGCCGCUACCGGCCGCUGCACUUCUCGCGCGGCGACGACUACGAAGCGGUCGCGCGCGCCUGGCUCGAGGAGAACCCGAAGGCGGCCAACGGCGCCUGCGCCAAGGACGCCUCCGACUGCAUCGUCGAGACGCGCACGACGGACGCGCCCGACAGCUUCUGUGCGGACAAGUACCGCGACUGCAUGGUCGCGGCGCUCGCGCAGGAGCUCCGCGAGCGUGUCGCGGCGUCCUAGGAUGUUCUUGGCGGCAUUGCUGCUGGGGGCGGCGCGUGCGGAAAGAAAUUGCUUCCUCACGCUGGUCGUCGACCACGUCGACCACGUGCUCGCCGCGGACACGUCAUACGAAGACGUCGUGACGUUCGUCCGCACCCACCUCGGCGAUGCGGAAAUCAUGGGCGAGGGGUGCGCCACGGAGGAGUGCGUGGUCGAGGAAUUGGUCACGCAGCUGGCGGCGCGCCGCCGCCACUGCCUUGAAAGCGACGAGGCGGCCAAGACGCGCGCGAUCGUGGGAGUGGCGGAGGCGCUGGCGGCGCCCUGGUUCCCUGGUCUACAACCGCAGCCGACGGCUGAAGAGUAUGCCGCCUGCCGUAGCGCGGACCCGUUGAGCGGUUAUGAUGCGGUCGAUCUGCGGCCCUACGACGAGCUCACGAAGGCGCUGGACGCCGCGGUGCCCUGGAACACGAGUCAAGAGGGCGGCUCGUAUCAACUCCAAAAAGAGCGCCAGGCCUAUAUCAAGGCCGCGGCGUCCCCGUGCGUGCGCCGGGUCUGCGAGAUCGGGUUUAACCGCGGCCACUCGGCGGCGUUGUGGCUGCGGGCGAAUCCGGAGGUCGAGGUGCUCGCGUUCGACCUCUGGCAGUACGAGGGAGCGGAACUGGCGGAGAAAUGGUUCAGGUCGCCCGCCGCGGCCGUACACGUGAAAAACGCGUCACACCGAUUGCGCGUCGUCAGGGGCAACUCGCGCGCGACGGUACCGAGUUUCGCUCGGGCGCACCCGUCGAUCAAGUGCGAAGUCUUAGUGGUCGACGGCGACCACACCAUCGAGGGCGCCUUCGACGACAUGUCGAAUUUGGCCGCGCUGGCGAACCCGGAUUAUCACGUUGCGUUUCUGGACGACUUCGAGUGGCCCGGGCCGGCGGCGGCGUUGCGGCGCCACGAGGCGAGCGGCGCCGUCCGGCGAGUUUCCGAAGUUCGCGAGACCUUCGAGGAAGACGGGGGCGAAUCGAACAGAGGAGCUGCCAUGUAUCAAUACGCGGCGUUCCCGGUGCCCGGCGCCGUCGAUUUCGACGAUCCGCGCGUCGCGAGCUACCAGACGCGGUGGGACGCGCCAGUUGGUGACGGGAUGCGAGCGAGCGGCGGCGCCGCGGAGGCGUCGGAAGCGCUCUGGUACUGGCCUGCAUUGGAUACGCCGGACUUACCCGAAACGACACAGCACCUCGAUGCCCUAAGGAAGCCCGUACCAGAAAAUCAAACGAUGGUGAGCGUCUUCUCCGGCCACGACGCGCACCUCGCGGUCGCGCGGGCCGGCCGCGUCCUGGGCGUCGUCGAACUCGAGCGGCGCGAGCGCCGGCGCUACUUCCACCCCGGAUUCGUCGACGACGCCGACGGCGCGUGGGCGCGCGCGCUGCGCGACGCGCGACGCCUGGCGGGCGUCGACGUCUUCGACGUGGGCGUCUACGUCGCCGUGCCGACCGCCGUCUUCCCCUCCGCGUUAGCCUCCAUCGCGAGGGAUUGGUACGCGGCGGACCACCACGCGAGCCACGCGAGCCUGGCGUACUACGACGCGUUGAGUCGGGGCUACGUCUGGCCGCUGGUGCUUUCGUACGACGGCGGCGGCAACGACGGCUUCUUUGCGGUGUUCGAGCCCACCGGAGAUCUUGCGAGGCCCCUCCGGCGCCUCGACGCGAGUAGUCGACGGUGGGAGCGGCUCAACCUGGGCAGCGGGUACGCGCUGGUCGCGGAGCAGAUUCCAGAAGUUGCGAAGUGCGCCCCGCGGAACCGCCGCGACGAUCCCGGGGUAGACGCGUACUGCCGAAAUAGGACAGCUUCGCAACGCGACCGGGAGCACCUCGCCGGCCCAGGAAAAAUGAACGGGUACGCGUCGCUCGGGACUCCGACCGAACACGACGUCUCGUUAUUGACGCAGAACAUCCGCGACGCCCUGAAGAUCUCCUUGCGAAGCCUGGACGUGGACUACGCCGACAUCGCGGCGUCGGCUCAGCGCGCGUUCGAGGAGAUCGUCGCCGACGAGAUCCGCGGCGCGUUGGAGCUCGCCGGACGCCGGCCGGACGCGCUCGCCGUCGCCGGCGGCUGCGCGCUGAACGUCGGAUGCAACACGGCGCUGCACCGCGCGCUCGCCUUGCCCGUCACGAUCCCGGCGGCGCCUUCAGAUUGUGGCAUUGGCGUCGGGGCGCUCUACUCAGCGCAGCCGCCGCCCCUGGACGCGCCCCGCGAUCUCAUGUUCGCUGGACCGGGCCUCUUUGACCUGGAUGACCUACCCAGUCUCGCGGCGGAUCGUCGCGCCGAGACUUUUACUGACGACCACGCGUUGGCAAAUAAGGUGGCGCAGCUCGUCGCCGCGGGCGCAAUCGUGGGAAUUGCGCGCGGCCGCAGCGAGCACGGCCCGCGGGCCCUGGGCCACCGGAGCCUCUUCGCAGACGCGACGUCCCCGCGUGCGAAAGCGCGGCUCAACCGCCUGAAGUACCGCGAGGCGUGGCGGCCUGUCGCUCCCAUCGUCGCUGCCGCUGCGGCGCCCGCUCUUUUUGAGGCCGGCGAGCACUGGCGCUCGCCGCACAUGUCGGUCGCUCCGCGCUUCACCCCAGAGGCGUGCGCGCAGCUGCCCGCGGUAUGCCACGUCGACGGCACCGCGCGGCUGCAGAGUCUCGAGCGGGUCGACGAGCCCUGGGUCUACGCCGUCCUAGAGGCGCUCGCCGAACUGACUGGUGAACCGGUCGUCUGCAACACAUCUUUCAAUCGGCGAGGCGAGCCGAUCCUUAACACGGCCGCCGAGGCGCUGAGUCUCCUGUGCGAGGAGCCGGAACUCGGCUACGUGGUCGUCGAGGACGCGCUCUUCGAGAAAUGCGCGGCGUGCCCGGGGGCCUGCAGCGAUCCGCGCGACGACCUUUGAGC